CCAUGAAAGUCUUGUAGUCGACUGUUGCCGAAGUGCUGGCCGAGGCCCUCCCCCCCUAUAUUUACAGGCCCCUAUAAAUAUAUUAUAUUAUAUUGUAUUCUGUUUGGAAGACGAGUGUUUCAGCAAGCUCGCUGCCUCCACCGAUCAUCAGUCCCCAAUUCUUCCCCGCCCAACGCACGCUGAUCGACAUGUAUCAAGGUGCUUUUUUUCGUUACCUUUCUUAUCUUUUCCAUCCGUUUCCUUUCAUUUCCUUUCCUUUCCUUUCUUUCUUUGUUGGCUUCUCACCUCGUUCUCCAACAAACGAACGAACGAACGAACCAUCGGAUCACUGCUGACCGAGGACCCCCCUCCCCUGCUGGCUGGAUAGCUAGACUCAGACCCGUUCGGUUGUGUGUUGAUUACACCAAACACAACAGUCGAGACCACAAUUCAAUUCUUCCUCCCUCCAGGGAAUAUCUCAGUCUGUAGAUACAAGAGAUCUUCUCGAGUGGAGGCUGGCUUGAUUGUUUUGCUAUUUUAACAAUCCAUUUUACAUAUCCAACAAUAUUGAACAGACGGCCUCAAGUGCAAGUCAUCUUAAUAUCAUAGCAGAACUCAUGGUUGAUUGUAGUUAUCUUCAACCAUAUUCGAUUGACUGUUGAUUUCCUUGAACCAGCUGGCAGGCUUCCUCUGAUUCUGGAAUCUGAACCACUCUCGGCUUGACUCUGACUCUGGGCCUCUGGCUCUGUCAAUCGAGUGUGUUUCGUGCUUUGAUUCUUCUCGAAUAUUGUUCAAAUUUCUCGUUAAAAACUCCUUGGAAGCUCAGGAAGAAGGUAAAGUAAACAAGUCAGUCAGUAAGUAUGUAUGUAUGCAGUUUAGAACUUUACUAGCACUUCCUCCCUCUUCCUCCUGAACAUCAAUCCGCGUACAGAGCCUUCAACUACGACAAAGCCCGAGUUUUGUACAUAUUUAAGUUGUAGGAAGUUCGGUUGAUCCCUUUAUAACGAAUAUUAUAAAGUGUGUACAACCCAAGUCAUCCAGCCGGCGUACACUGUUUGUUUUGAUCUUUGUAUUGCGUUAUAAUAUAACCAGCUGGCAUCUGUACUACCAUCUCUGUCGGGUAUCAUCUCAUAAGCUUCUUUAGGGGGUCUUUCUUGAUCUCAAAGUGCCAAAACCACAACAAACACAUCCAGCUGCAAUCUCCUUCCUGCCGGCAAUCCGUCCCUUCUCGUACUAGGACCCUCUGAUUCUACUGUCUCUCCUCAGACGGUGUCACCUGUUCCCAAAGCCAGUAGUAACACCUCAGCAUCUUGGGGGCUGCUUCCACUGUGUCUUUCUUAAAUAGCAUCUUCUUCUAAUUGGUUCCCAGUCCUUCCCCCUCCUCUUCUCAACACCCACGCCCAACUUGCAAAGAUCGUGUUGUACUAGUGCCCUCUUCUGACCUGGUUCAUGUUCUUCUUCUUCCUUCCUGCCUCUUCUCAACUCAGGAUUUAACUUCGGUGAACCAGACCUCACAGGCUGGCCAGCCCUCCACCCUCAAGAUCCCUCCAAUCAGAUAUCUCUUGCCUAUAACCCAUCCACCUCCACCCGCACUGCCACCCCAGCCCAGCUCGCCUCUGGGAUUCCCGCCAUGUCCAACCCCAACCCCAGCUCAGCCACUCCAAACCCCAACUCCAACUCAGCCCCUCACAGCUCACAGCCUGCCGGUAGCUCCUCCCAGCCUACCGCCAUGCCAUCCCAGCCAUUCUCAUUCUCGCCUCCCUAUAACACCAUCUACCCAUUCAACUCCUCAUUCCCCAGCCAACCUCACCUGGAUCAGUCCGCCAAUUUUAUCCUAGACCCCGUCAGUUAUCAUCCUCAGCAACCCCCAAAGCUGAUGCCUUCAACCAAUCAACUCCAGCUCUCAUCCUCCCAAAAAAGGCCUCUGGUCCCCGCCCCGCCUCACACCUCCUCGUCUACCAACCCGCCCAUAUUUACCGCCCGGCGUCCAGCGCGUCCAAUCACCAAGUGCGAUCGUUGUCGGAGUCGCAAAUCUAAGUGUGAUUCCGGCCAGCCCUGCUCAUCAUGCCAGAGAUCAAGAGCCGAGUGUAAAUACACCGAUGGCCGCCCAACCAAGGGCGUUCCGGAGGGGAGCUUGGCCAGUGCCUCUUACUCGCAAAAUCAACUGAUAAGCAGCGCCAGUUCGUUGAAGAGAGACCGUCAGAAUUUGAUGGCCAAGAUGGACACCCUCCAGAGGCUUCUCAACGAUGUCACCGCUCGCCAGGCCGUCCAAGCUUAUGAGCUCAACUUCAGCCUACAAAAUCGUAUCCCUUCCUGUGACACUGGCUUCGGUAUCGACCUCGAAGCUGAUAACCUCAUCACCCAUUUCUCCAAGUUGUGGCUCAGAAAAGAGCCCGAUCAAAGUUUUUUCAAGGCCACCCAUCCUGCUUUGGUUCAACUUCGGCAACACCAAAUCCCCCGUUGGCAACAGUCAUCACGCUGGACGAAUUGGUCGGAUUACCAAGCAGAAAGUAGAUACCAACAAUUGACAAAGUUUGAUCCAUCGAUGCUACCGGACCAGAACGAAUGCCGGGAUCUUUUCCGUCGAUUUCUGCUGUCGUGCGAUUGGUACUUCGAAGUAUUGACAGAGGCGGAGAUGAAUGUGGCGGAGGCGGAGGUGCACCACUAUCGAUCCUUAGGCAUCACUCCGACCUCUCCCGAACAAUGGACCCGAGUCGGACUGGCUCUAGCGGUCUGUCGACUCACCCUGGCUUGUUUGGAUUGGGCCGGGACGAACGAAAGUGAACAGCUCUCUCGGAAACGAUGCGAACGGAUCUUGAAGUGGUGUGAUUUAUCCGUCCUGGCUCUCCAGAAAGCCGACAUUGACCAAAACCCGACCGUCGAGGUCAUGCGGGUUUUGAUCAUUUUGACCUCAACAAUAUUCUUUGAGACUGAUUACGGUUUGAUGGGAAGCUCGCCUCAAAUGCUCAAGCUCCACUCAGUAGCAGUUGAUGUUUCUGAACGACUAAACUUGCAUCGCGACCCUCCGAGCUAUUUGUCCUCGAAGGAAAAAGAUGAUCGUCGUCGGAUGUGGUGGGCUCUGGUGACCAUUGAUUCACAUUUUUACUCCACCGGGGCAACAUCCCAUAGCGUCCUGAGCCUUCAAACUUCAGAUACCAAGCUCCCAGUGUCUCGGCAGAUUUAUGCCUCGAAUGGGUUUACAGACGACCACAUGCCCUUUUUGGACCUUCGCUCGGCUCGUAGUCGAUUCGAGCUCGGGAAGUUCAAUAACCGGUGCUGCCAGCUUCUGGCACAGCGAAAACCGCUGGCAACCCUAUCAGACAUCUGGAAACUCGAUCAGGAUUUAAUUGCCCUCGAGGCAAGCGUUCCCCCUGAACAGCGUUUGGCCAGUGAUCUCGACCUCUCCAAUCUGUUUCAAAGGCCGCUGCGUCCACCAGGCGCAAUAGACGAGGCCCUAAGGAAUGGUCAACAAGUCUUCUACAUCGGGUUUUGGCAUAUCAGAUCUAAAAUCCAUCGAGGAUUGCUUUAUACAAAACAAACUUCCUCCGACUCAAUCAAGUCCUCAAUUAACGUUGAUGCUCACCGCGAAAUAGUCAGGAGGAGUAGCUAUUGUCUGCUCCAUCUUUACCGCCACACCAAGCUCCCCACUGCGUUUAUCUCGGCAAUAGCCAGUGCGGCUCUGACACUGUCAUUGGAACUGAUCGACCAACCCUCACAACCAAACAACUGCGAGAUACGGACGAUCAUCAUCGAGUGCUUUUCGCGCUUGCAGACCAACUCAUCGCCGAUCAUCGGGAGGGCGUGCCAGGUGUUGGAGUACUUCCUCGACCCAACACAGCCUCGUGUGGGCGUCCCGCGAAGCUAUGAAGGCGGCUUGAGCAAGUGGCAUGAGCUCGACACGCCGGGUGCCUUCCGCUGGCAGACCGAGGCCAGCCGCGAGAACCGGUUCGACUGGUUCGCCCCUUCGGCGGCCGAACAGCGGGCAGCAGACAGUGCACUCGGCCUGAGCACCAAUCCGGCCUUCCAAGUCGACGCCCAGGAAAUCUGCUACCCGCUCAAGCCGAAUCCACAACAGGCUUGCGAAGUCCAAGGUACACCCAUGCUGGACCUCUGUUACCCUCUCAAACCAAGUCCAGAACAGGCUUCUGAAGCCCACACUAGCCCGGUGCUCGACCUAUGUUACCCGCUCAAACCCAGUCCGGAGCAGACUUCCGAGAUGCAUGGGAUCGAUCUUUGCUACCCUCUCAACACGAGCAUCCAACAGGGGACGGAUGCUCAGGGUAACCCGAUCCUUAACUGGGCCUGUCCACCUUUUCCUUAGUCGACCAUAUAUAAAUCCAUGUUUCUAUCGCCCUUUUCAUGUCUUCCUCGAUCACCACCAUCGUCAGCUUGUACAUUAUCCACUACGGAUCGAAAAAAAAAAAAUCAAUGAAUGAAAGUACUGUUUUUGUAUGUGUCCUUGAUCUUGGUCUUCAUUGAUCUUGGCAAACUUGUUUUUUUUCUUUUCAGUCUUUAUAAACAUGAAGAGGAGACGUGAUCUCAUCAAGAACCGAUUUCAAUUUACAUUUUUACAUUAUUUCUUCUUUUUUUUUAAUAUUUAUCUACUUAACUUCAUUCUUAUUUACAUAUUUUUGUUUUGUUUUGUUCUGUAAUCUUCUUCAUUUGAUCAUUAGGCAUCUGCGCAGGAUUUACUUCCACACACACACACACACAAAAAAAAAGAAAAAAUGCUCCACCGAAAUAAGAAUCUACAACACCCAAUAACAGUUGAUCAGUUGAAGACUUGGGUUGGGAAAUCUCUUGAUUUUUUCUAUCAUGAUUAGCACUCUUGAAGAAUCACAUCAAGCAGAAUAGCAGAAAAAUUAUAAU